GUGUGUCCGGUUCUUCCACUUUACAUGAAAUCACUGUGAGUGAUAACAUGCACCGUGUUAUGUGGCGACGCUCGCUCGCUUGGCCCAUGCAGGGAUGUGGGAUCAGUGUUAAAAUAGUCCGUCCAAUCAGAGCGGCCCACGUUUCCAGACGAACACGGAUGUGCGGCGCGUGGACCAACCGCGCGGAUGUAGGGCAGAAAGGGAGGGGCCGGCGAGACCAGCGGCAGGAAGGUUUCGUGACCAAAGUGUACAGGGGCCGUCAGCUGUUCAGCUUCUCUAUCAUCAUGUUACGUGAGGGUUGUUUAAGUUCAACCAGAGACCAUUGAGCCAGCGUCAACGUCGGAAAUCAGUGGUAAAUCUCUACAACAUUUCAGGUGGAACCUUUUAGCGGUGUGCUUCGUUUUCCGCACGGAGUACUUGUCAGACCGGGACCGUAAAUAAUAUGCCGUCGUAGCUUGUUCCUGCGAUCCGGCUGAGAAGAAGAAAAACGAAACAUGAAGGUUUAACUCGGAACAUCAUCGUUUUCAAUGACACUAAGAGGCGUUUUGGGUCGACGUGAAAGCAGAGCUGUUAAAUUCGCUGGUUCCGGUGUGAAAGCGUGAAUAAGUCCAGGGAUGGAUUCGUGUCGGCGGACAGGACUCAGCGGGGUCCUGUGCUCCCUGUCACUGCUCUGUGUCAUCCUGGACAUCCAGCUGGACGGGGUCUUGGGGGCGACUCAUGUUGAGAUCGAGCACCACCUGGAGAUGGGCCGCAAACUUUUGGCUGCUGGUCAGCUGGCUGAAGCCUUGUCCCACUACCACUCUGCUGUGGAGGGCGACUCCAAGAACUACCUGACCUACUACAAGCGAGCUGCGGUGUUCCUGGCGAUGGGGAAAUCCAAAUCCGCCCUGCCGGACCUGACCAAAGCCAUCCAGCUCAAGCCCGACUUCCUCGCAGCCAGGUUGCAGAGAGGGAAUAUCCUGUUAAAGCAGGGAAACACCCAGGAGGCCAUGGAGGACUUUGAAGUGGUGCUGCAGCGCUCUCCAGAUCACGAGGAAGCUCAGGACCAGCUGAUGAGAGCAAACGAGCUGGAGGAGCUGCAGGAGGAGGCCCAUGCUGCCUAUCACCAAGGGGACUAUAGUGCUACCAUCAGUGUGCUGGAGCGAGUCAUUGAGAUCUCCCCCUGGGAUCCCGAGUCGAGAGAGCUCCGCGCAGAAUGUUACAUCCGGAUGGGGGAUCCGCAGAAAGCCAUCCAGGAUCUGACGCCGACCACGAGGCUGCGCAACGACAACCGCGCCGCCUUCCUGAAGCUCAGCAUGCUGCACUACAGCCAGGGAGAGCACCACGAGUCCCUCAAUCACAUCCGAGAGUGCCUGAAGCUGGACCAAGACGACAAAGAGUGUUUCAGCCACUACAAGCAGGUGAAAAAGCUCAGCAAGCAGCUGGACACGGCAGAGGAGCUGAUUCACAUGGAGAGGUAUCAGGAAGCCAUUGAUAAGUAUGACUCGGUAAUGAAGACGGAGCCGAAUGUCCUGUACUACACCAACCUGGCCAAAGAGAGGAUCUGCUACUGCCUUGUCAAGGUUAGGCUGGCUCUUGACGCGAUAGAUGUGUGUUCAGAGGCUCACCAGAGAGACCCCCGAAACGCCAACGUCCUCCGAGACCGAGCUGAGGCUUACAUCCUGAACCAGGAGUACGAGAAAGCCGUGGAGGAUUACCAAGAGGCGAGAGAGUUUGACGACACCCACGAAAUCAGAGAAGGGCUGGAGCGAGCGCAGAAAAUGCUCAAAAUCUCCCGUAAGAGGGAUUACUACAAGAUCCUCGGAGUCAGCAGGAGUGCAAACAAGCAGGAGAUUAUCAAGGCGUACAGGAAGCUGGCGCAGCAGUGGCACCCCGACAACUUCCAGUCCGAGACUGAGAAGAAAGAAGCCGAAAAGAAGUUUAUCGACAUUGCGUCAGCGAAAGAGGUCCUCACCGACCCAGAAAUGAGGCAGAAGUUUGACGCGGGCGAGGAUCCCCUGGACCCGGAAAACCAGCAAGGCGGAGGAGGAGGAGGAGGAUCCGCCUGGCCCUUCCACUUUGACCCCUUCCAGUCUGGCGGCAGCUUCCACUUCAAGUUCCACCAAAACUAGAGAGAAGAACUUGACGACCACAAGGUGGGCGGGGCGGGGACACUUGGGGGGGGAAGAUCAACGGUGGAUUUACGGAGAAGUCUUCCUCGGUACUCGUGCUCCAUCUUGGACACGGUUUUGUCGGCUACUUGAAACUUUUGAUUUUUAAUACGGUGAAAAAUGACCACAAGGACCUCACUGUGGCGACGGAAUGAACUCGCCGCUGUCGAACAAAAAUGAAGUCUCGCCUCAACACUCUUUAGGAUCGGAAAAAAAGUUGUGUUUGAAAGCACUUGAUGUGUGUCUGCUCUGAUUACUCAUUUCUUUUCUUUGUGCCAUUCUUUGAACCUUUUUUUUUCUCGAGGGGCUGUUUUGUUUCUGAUGCAGCAGCUCCAGCUUGGACAUGACAUAGGGGGACUUGUCAGUAUGUUGGUUUCUGCUCACAGUAUUCUUUCAAGAGGAUCGACAUGUUUACUGAUCUCAGUCUAUAUUUUUGACCAUGUCAAAAAAGAUUUUUUUUUAUACAUGACGACAUCAGGAGGCAUGCAGUUGAGCUUCUAAGUUCAUGGUGAGUUGGUGAGACUUCAGCACUGUUAAAGGAAACUUGUGGGUGUUUGAGCUUUGAAAUCCUAUGGAUCUUAAAUCGGUGCCGCUCUGUGAUCGUGUGAGUUUGUUCUAAAUUUCCGGUUUUGUUUUUUCCGCAGCUAUCUAAUUGGAAUAAUGUGUGAAUUCUGUACGUGGGUGGAAAUAUUGUAUCCUCAACCGGCUUAUGUAACCAACUCCAAACAUUAUGGAUGUAACUAACAGUGAAAACUUGGUCAAAACUCCAUUUUACAGUCUAAACAACAACAAAAAAAGAAUAUUUUUCCUUUUUCCUUUUCCUUUUCACCCAUUUCAGAGCAUGUCUGUGAAAACUUGCACUUUUACCCUUUUUCGUUUGAAAAACCACUCCACAUAUUCUCCACUCCUGAAAUGUUACUGCAGGCUUUUUUUAAAAAAGCCUUUCAAAGACUCUUUCUUAACCAAGUGUGUCUUCAGUGGAUGUCUGAGAGCCUCGUUUAUGAAAGAGCUUACAGAAAAGUGGUCUAGGGGAACUCCUGCAGUAUCUUGUUAAAAAGAGGCUUCAGUCUAACAGCCAGGAACGACACAAAAGUUUGACUGAAAAAGAAAACGGAGUUCUUUUCGAAGAUUUGACCUUUUUGAGCACAAAUUGUUAAGUUAUUUUGCCAUUAAUAGCUUUCGGAUACUUCCAUGACUGUAACGGCUUUGAAUCCUAUUUACUGCUCGACUGUGUGAACCAAAAUGUGAUGAGCUUUGGUAUUUAAAAAUGGACUGAGUGAGACAGUUUUGUUUGCGGGUUUCUUUCUUUAAGGUUUUCUCCUGUUAGUGGCUUCAAUUUUACUGUUGCCAAACUGAAUCAGCUGACAUGCUCAAGCGUAUUAAAAAAAAACAAAAACUGAAAGAAUCAA